AGUCGUCAGAAUUCAGAUUAGCAUGAAGGUUAUUCCAGUCAAACAUUCCUACAGCCCACCCCCUUUCCUCCCUUAAAAGGGAUUGAAUUUCCUUUUCAUGUAUCCAUCUGGAAGAGGCGAGAAAGCGUGUCAGGAAGAGACGGCGCACCUCUUGAGCUGUCUGCUGAGUGCAGAUUUAUAAUCUGAUGGACAGAGAGAGACCCAGCUAACACUCCACUCCUUCCCGCUCAACACCACGGCUCCAGGGCAGACUGAAAGCUCUUAGCCUGAGGUUUGUACCUAAAGAAGAAAAGCAGAGUUCUGAAGACCAUUUCCUGCUUGUUGCAGAGUUGGGGAUCUCUCUUGCAAACCUGGAUCAUGGCCUGGCUGCUUCCUAGGGCUUGCUGCCUAAAAGUCUUCUGUCAAUCCUCUAGAGGACCCUUUUCUUCUGGAAUAGCUAGAGCUUGGAGUGGCGGGCCCCUGAGUGCAUAUAUGCCAGAAGCCGUAGCGUUCGCUGGAUCAAGGGACCACCCAGGGCUCUACAAGAUGUCAGUGGAGCAGGUAGAUGAAUUCUGGGGAGCUCUAGGGAGAAACCGACUCAUGUGGAUUAAUCCUUUUCACUCUGUACAAGACUGUAAUCUACAGCAGGGCUGGGUGUCCUGGUUCCUGGGAGGACAACUGAAUGUAGCAGUGAAUUGUCUGGAUCGACACGUCCAUAUAGCCCCAAACAAAGUGGCCCUGAUCUGGGAGAAAGAUGAGCCUGGGAAAGAAGUUCGGGUUACAUACAGAGAACUGCUUGAGUUGACCUGCCGUCUGGGAAACACCUUGAAACGACAGGGAGUGAGAAAAGGUGACCGAGUCACCAUCUACAUGCCCCCAUGCCCUCUGGCUGUGGCAAGCAUGCUAGCCUGUGCCCGGAUAGGAGCCGUACACACUGUGGUAUUUGCCGGUUUCAGCUCUGAGGCUCUAGCUGACAGGAUCCGGGAUGCACAGUCAGAGACAGUGAUCACUGUGAACCAGGGGUUGAGGGGGGGCAAGGUUAUUGAGCUGAAGCAGACAGUGGACCAGGCCGUGCAUGCGUGCCCACUGGUGAAGCGAGUUCUGGUUUCCAUGAGGACUGAGCAGAAGGUUCCCAUGUCAAAACUGGAUGUGCCACUGGAAGAGGAAAUGAUGAAAGAGGAUGUAUGCUGUGAGCCUGCUGCCAUGGAGAGUGAAGACUUGCUGUUCCUUCUCUACACAUCAGGCAGUACUGGCAAACCCAAGGGGCUGGUCCACUCCCAGGCAGGAUACUUGCUCUAUGCUGCCAUCACACACAAGUAUGUGUUUGAUUACCACGAUGGGGACGUCUUUGGCUGCGUGGCCGACAUCGGUUGGAUCACAGGGCACAGUUACGUGGUGUACGGCCCUCUGUGCAACGGAGGUACCACAGUCCUUUUUGAAAGCACUCCAGUGUACCCCAAUCCUGGGCGUUACUGGGAAACAGUGGAGAGGUUACGAAUUAAUCAGUUCUAUGGAGCACCCACAGCAAUUCGCUUGCUGCUGAGAUACGGGGACGAGUGGGUAAAGAGAUACGACAGAUCUUCCCUCAAGACCCUUGGAUCAGUGGGAGAACCCAUCAACACAGAAGCAUGGGAGUGGUACUUCAACGUGGUUGGGGAUGCACGGUGCCCAGUAGUUGACACAUGGUGGCAAACUGAAACAGGAGGCAUCUGUAUCUCUCCCCGUCCAUCCAGCCCUGGAGAUGAGAUUCUUCCAGGCAUGGCCAUGAGACCACUCUUUGGGAUCAACCCUGCCCUCCUGGAUGACAAGGGAAACGUCCUAACACAGAAUGGUGUCUCUGGAGCCCUCUGCAUCUCUCAGGCCUGGCCAGGAAUGGCACGGACAAUUUACAAUGACCACAAGAGAUUUCUGGAAACCUACUUGAUGCCUUACCCAGGAUUUUUCUUCACGGGAGAUGGAGCCUAUCGUACUAGCCAAGGAUAUUACCAGCUGACAGGACGUCUGGACGAUGUAAUCAAUGUCAGCGGGCACAGGCUAGGCACUGCAGAGCUGGAAGAUAUUGUGAAUCAGCACAGAGUGGUGGCAGAGUCAGCCGUGAUCGCCUUCCCUCAUGAGAUCAAAGGAGAAGGAGCGUAUGUGUUCAUUGUGCUAAAGAAGGGGACUGAUGUCUCUCAGGAGAGGCUGAGCAAUGAACUCAAGGAGCUGGUCUCAAAGAAGAUUGCAAAAUAUGCAAGCCCUGAAUACAUUCAGGUCACAAAGCGGCUACCCAAGACCCGUUCAGGUAAGAUUAUGCGCCGUGUCCUGAAGAAGAUUGUAGAGGACAAGGCAGAUGAGCUUGGGGACCUGACCACCUUAGAUGACCACGAGGCUGUAGAGGAGAUCAUCGAGGGGCACAAGCGCCUCCUGCAGGAGGAGCAAGGCCAGUAACAUGAGUGCUCUCUGCUCCCCUUUUCUUCACUCCUCCCACCCUCAUCAAAUUUGGGACCUAGUCUAGAAAAGCAAAUCAGCAGGCACCAGUAAUUCAGCUGAGAUCAGACCUUUAUUUUUUACACCGGCACUGAAGACCUUGGACUAACCUCCAAAGCAGACCACUCCUCUGAGAAGUGACCACGUCUGGGGGCAGUAAGAGUGAGGGUGAGGCAGGCAGGGAGGUGAGGAAGGGGGCCCUGCUUCCUCCCUGAGAAGCAGAAGGCCUUAGUGAGAAGCCACCAUACCCCUCCCAGCAUCUGGAUAACGAGAAAGGGGGCAGAGGUUGGUUAACCCCAAAUUGGAGGCGUCUCUUCAGGAUGGCUCCCAGAUCCAGCAUGUCCAUGUAGAACACUAAUCGCUGACACUUUUCCAGCAGCUGCUCCAAACCCACUGCCACAGCUCUGUGUGGGGGAGGGGUGUCACUGCAGACAGAGUCAGCCUUUCUUUGGAGUUUGAGAACUGAAGCAUGGGGUGCAGGGAUCAGGUGCCUGCCAGGCUGCACAGGGAGAAGUUUGACCCCAGGGUCUCCCCUGGCCAUACAUCCCUGCACACCUAGGAGGAGGAGAGUAGGUGCACUGGAAGGGGGGGACCCAGGGCUGGCCCACUGGCUCUGCAGGGGUGAGCCCUGCUGACCUGCACCUCCCAGAAAGGCUGGCAGUUCGGGGCAGCACUGCCCAGCCCCUGGCCAGGGGCUCCAGCCCAGCUUCCACUCACCCCUGCUCUGGUAGCCCAGGGCCACCAGCUUGUGGCACUUGGAUGCUGCAGUUGCCCACAGAGGCCAGCCCUAGUGCAGGAUGACAGGAGGCGGUGGCUGCUGUCUGGCACCAGCUCAGGCUGCUUGAUGAAUGCUGCCAUACAUACCCCAUGCGAACAGGCCUGGGAUUUUCAUGCAAAAUGCUUCUAGUGAGGUUCAUCCUGGGGGGAAGACGACAAACUCCAUGGACUAAUCCACCAUGUGCUGAGCAUAACCCUGAACAGAAUGAGGAGACAUGGGCCCUGUCCAUCCAAGCAGAUUCCAGUCUCAGGCCCAAAUGAUAAUGGUCCCUGUGGAGACCAUGGUCCUUUCUGAGCCAGCACCACACUGCAGUCAAGUGCAGGCAGCACUGGCCCUGCCUUUGCAUAGCACCAAAUGAUGCCUUCUCCUGGCACCCAGGAAUUCCCCCACUCCAUCCAAAGUUAUCCCCUCUCAAAGGCAGAAAGAAGUGGGGCUCCUUCUGCUCCCCCCUACCAUGACAGGCAAGAAGAAGGGAUCAGAUGCUAGGGGAAUGGUUUGAGGAGAAGCCCCUCUCUGGGAGGGACAGAAGCCUCCACUCUCAGCAGCACCCAACAAGCAGCAGUUUGGACAACAGGCAGAAAGGAAAGACUCAGCCCUGGUUCCUUCAGUAAAAUCCAGAAACCAUCACUCUCCUCCCUGAAUACUUAUUGGCUCCUGGUGGCUCUGCAGUUCCUACAGUUCUACUAAUCAGGUAUCUCCUGUGGCACAGGUCGUUUCUGCAGCUCCUGGGUAAUUAACCAGUCUCAAGCCUCGGUACUUUUUUCAGCACCCCUCACUGGCUGGAAGCCGCCUCACUCUCUCGGUUCUCGUUAGUUCCCAUCUUCCUCUUCCGGAGAGUUUCAAAAUCCAACUGUGAAACUGCAAUUUAGCAACACACAACUGAGUGCAUUGGCUUCAAAGGGGGGAGCCACUUCCUCCCCAGGAGCUGACCCAUAUACAUCCCACCAUCCCUCUCCCUCCCUGCCCAACUCCACGCCAUCCACCCACUGACAACAUAUGCCUAGGCCAUUCAUCCACCUGCCCUUCCCUGCCCUGUUCAGUCCCACAUGCAGUCCAGGAGCUAACAGCCCCCCACACCGCUCUGCUGAUGGAAAUAGGUCUGCCACUCUCUGUCUCACCUUUUCCAGGCUGGUGCGAUGUCCCACACUGACUAGUGUCAUCCCCAGUUGAGUGCAGGUACGGUAUAGCUCAUUCUCCACCUCCUCUGUCAGAGCACUGGUGGCUUCAUCCAGUACUGAGAGCAAAGCAGAAAGCCCCAUCAACAUGGCAUCAUCCAAGGACUACAACCACUCAGGUUAGCUAGCCAGCUCAGCCAAUCCCAGCCCUCCAGCCUGCUCUUCCCUAUAGGUGUGGAUUCUGGACUGAGCAGCUGUUGAGAACAUUGCUCACAAGCUGCAUGGAGCUGUCAAGGCUGAAACCUCCAUGGAGGAACUCUUAGGCAAACCACAAAAGGUACCAGAGAAACAGAGCAGGGACGUUUGUUCACCACUGGUCCCAGCUCCCAAAGCUACUAUCUGCUGAAGGGGAAACCUGGUCUUUCCAAAAGGACUCCUACUCGAGCCAAAAGAAUGCAGCUUGCAUCAUGUACCCCCUCCAUCACAGCCAGAUGCCAGUGAGUAUCACCAGGGUUUGUCUUUCCCUAAGAACCUUCAACACCUUGUAAUCUGGGGAAGUCUCCCCUAUGAGAAAGCCUCCAGAGCUGGAGAUAUUGGGGAAGCUAGAACCCCAGCCCCCUUCACUCCACAAACGGGACCUCAAUUCUGUGGCAAUGUUUCUGAAUUCAGCUACACACUGGUGGGGCAGACUGGAAAUUCUGCAGCCAUUUCACUUAAAUUAAAAAUGAAGGGUUUAAGAAUACUAAGUCCUUGAGUCCCUGGGGUAUUGAUUAGAGAUUAAACUGAAUUUAUUUUACAGACA